AUGUUGCAAGCUCAGAUAUACUUAGGACUCCACUUCCUGUCCUCCCCUUAUCUUGGGCUUGGCUGGGAAACUGUCCUGCUGAGAUCGUUUUCUGCUAAGACCUCCCAGCUUCCUACUGGUUCCAAAAUCAACUCAACUGGUAUCUCUCAGGCUGACAAUACCAUCGCUGUCAGUGCCUUUGGCAAGAUGGCUCUUUUGACAAUGGAGCUUGGAGCUGAUAACUCAGAACCACAGACUGCACCAUUUCCUUUGGAGUUGAGAUCUGAGUUCUUGACCUUUGAGCCCUUGAUACUGGGAAAUUUAGCAUCAAGGACGUCAACACUGGGUAUCUAUUUUGGGCCCAUACCCCCUUCAGCUCAGACUAUUGACAUGGUCUUGCAGGAGCAAAUAUGUUAUCCUUGUGCUCUGCAAUCAAGUGCCUUCUGCAUCAUCAAAAAGAAAAAAGUAGACCAUGGAUCGAAAUGGGAUAUGACUGGGCAUGGAGCUCUGUUGAAAGUCUACAGGAAGAAUAAGGAGAUACAAGCCACACAAGUGGACAUCCCCUGCACAUCAGGAAUGGUGGUACUGCCCAGACAGGAUACGUAUCAAACAAGUCUUCUUAAGCGCAAGUAUGAGGAGGUUGACAACAGAAACGUGCCAUUAGAUGAGUGCUGUCCACUAGUGCUACAGAAUUAUGCUAGGGGUGCUUCAGUAGCCACAGCUGGUUCCCCAAGUGUGGAAUAUGUGGCCAGUGGCUGGCUCACUAAGGAAGGCUACAGUUUAAUUCAAGGUGAAGUACUUACUUCUAUGAUGGAUAAAUAUAAAGUGUUGGACUUUCUUGGUCAUGGAGCUUUUGGAGAAGUAGUUAAAUGCAGAAAGCAAAGCACCAAAGAAAAAGUGGCCAUAAAGAUGCUGACAUUUGGGUCAUUGUUUGAAGCGCAGAAUGAACUCAAUAUUCUGGCCCAGCUAGUCAAAGAAAAUGCCUAUCACUACAACAUUGUGAAGGGUUAUGAAUACUUUUGCCAUAAUUCCUCUCCCUGCUUUGUCUUUGAAAUGUUGGAACAGGAUCUUCAUAGCUUUUUAAAGAAAAACAACUUCUGCCCAUUGUCUCUCAUUCAUGUUCGGUAUAUCCUGGAACAGCUAGCAACAGCACUCAUGAAACUAAAAAGCCUUGGAAUUAUGCAUGCUGAUCUUAAGCCAGCGAAUAUUAUGUUGGUUGACCAAAUAAGGCAACCGUACAGGGUUAAAGUGGUUGACUUUGGAUUAGCACUCCAUAUGUCCAAGGCAAGAUGUUGUACCUCCUUUGGGACAAGAUAUUACAGAGCUCCAGAAAUGAUACUUGGCUUACCACUUUCUGAAGCAUUUGAUAUGUGGUCACUCGGCUGCGUACUUGCAGAACUUUUUUUAGGUGUGCCCUUGUAUCCCGCGGCUUCAGAUUAUGACCUGAUUAGAUACAUUUCAGAGACACAGGGUUUGCCACCACAGUCCUUACUAACAGAAGGACAUUUGACAAGAAGAUAUUUUACAGAAGACUCUUUCUUUGAAAUUCUGUGGCGGCUAAAGACACCAGAAGAAUAUAAAGCAGAUACGGGAAUAAAUUCAAUAGAAAGAAGAAAGUAUAUUUUCAGAUCCUUGGAGGAUAUGAUACAGGUGAAUAUGCAGAGAAAGCUGGAGUUGCGUGACUUGUUGAUAGAAUAUGUCAGACGAGUUGAUUUUGUCAAUUUGUUAAAGAAGAUGCUCACCAUAGAUGCAGCGGAAAGGAUAACACCAGCUGAAACAUUAAGGCACCCUUUUGUGGAGAUAGCACUUACUGCAGAAAUUUCUCAUGCGCAUUAUGGUCAGCACUGCAAUCCCAUCAUAAAUCAGCCCGUCUUGCUAGAAAGAAAUAACAAACUGCCAUCUACUGAGCUGCCAAAUGCUGGUUUAGAUCCUCUAAUGAAGCAGCAAUCAACCAACAUCUUCUUUCACUGGAAAAAUAAAUUGACCCACUCUUCCUCCAGAACAGAUUUUAAUGGAAUUUUAUCAUUCAAACCUGGACUAACGUGUCUUGAAUUUGAUAAUCCAUUUGAUUUCCAUUCUUUCCGUAUAAUUUCUGAUAUCUCCCCCUCUAGAACUGGGGUUAUUCACCUGAAGAACCAUGAACUGAAAUGUGAAUUUGAAAAACUCUACAGUUCUAUUAAUGUAUACUAA